UGCAAUACCCUUUAAUAAAAGCUAAAUUUAUCGGUGUACUAUGACCCGUUUGGCCUGCCAUGGAAAAAUAAAUAGUCGCGAUCCUCGCGCGCGAGUUUUGUUACAGUUGGUUUGGUCGAAGUGUUUUCUCCGCGAGCGCGCGCGCGCGCGGGUGGUUCGUCACGUGCUCGCGCGUUAUUUAUGACCGUGAUUUGACGCUAUACUCGCGUCACACUUUGCCCAUGCACGCGCAGGAACGCACCGUAAGCCAAAAGCCGAACUGGACAGCGAAAGUUGUUAACGAGGAUGCGCGUGAAAAGGUCUUGUAUCUUUUACAUUAGUCAAGAACCCAGCUGGAGACAAGUAAGGCGUGCGUAAGUUGCCAUGGCGAUAGUGAACGGAUCAAACUCAGCUAAACGAAGGCUAGAUAACGAAUAAACCCCUGCCGCAUGAGACAGACCACUGAUGAGCUUUAGUUUUUGUUUUUGCCUCCCUUUGACCAAUCACCGCGGCGUUGCUAGGCUGGCCCUGUCUCUGAUUGGUGGAUACAGAUGUCAGUCUGUCUAGGUGACGCGCAGGAUGAUUUCUGUUCAAUUACAUGAAACACCCCAAAACACGUCCGCACCAACAGAGAGGAAACACUGCAGAGGGCACACACACACACACACACACACACACACACACACACACAUAUAUAUAUAUAUAUAUAUAUAUAUAUAUAUACAAACACACACACACACACACACAUAUAUAUAUAUACACACACGGCUUCUCCAAAACAUAAGCUGGCUUUCCUUUACAGCAAAGCUGACGGUGCCUUUUAGGGGUCAUCUCUACUUUUCAAAGGUGUGUGUCCCACCCCACGCACCACCACGGCCCUCACGUGUGUGUUGCGUUGUUUCCCGUGCGAGCCGUCUUGGGCCGGCAGCCCCUUCGUGCAACGUGCACCAAGCCCGCCUAUGCUCACCAUGACGCGCUCCAAAACCUUCCAGGCCUACCUUCCCACCUGUCACCGCACUUACAGCUGCAUCCACUGCCGUGCACACCUCGCCAACCACGACGAGCUCAUCUCUAAGUCCUUUCAAGGAAGUCAAGGCAGAGCCUAUCUUUUCAACUCUGUCGUAUCUAUCUGUCUGUCUCUCAACAGGGUGAAUGUAGGUUGUGGUCCAGCAGAAGAGCGAGUGCUCCUCACCGGCCUACACGCAGUAGCAGACAUCUACUGUGAGAACUGCAAAACUACACUGGGUUGGAAAUAUGAGCAUGCCUUUGAGAGCAGUCAGAAGUACAAGGAGGGUAAGUUUAUCAUCGAGCUGGCCCACAUGAUAAAGGACAAUGGCUGGGACUGAGGUGUGAGGGAGCUGUGAUGGAGAAUGGAUGAACCAGUUCAGAUGCUGGCUGUGUGGGUAAACAAGUGACGCUGGUUUCAUGUCGCCUUCUCUCGUAUUCUAUUUAACAUUUCUCCCACACACACACAAACACUCCUAGUUCCAGGGUUGCAGGUGUACAGUCAGGGGUUCUGAACAAGGUACAGAGGAGGAACAGUGUGUGUGUGUGUGUGUGUGUGUGUGUAUGUGUGUGUGUGCGUGCAUCCCAGCUGAAUGAAUGAACAUGUGAAUAUGUGAACACAUCCAAUAAAUGGUGUGUAGACAUGUACACUCGCCUAGAUAUAUACACCAAACUAGUUACUUGCAUGUCCCAACCAUAUUAGCCCAAGACAACCCAGUGUGUUCAUGUGCAUCUGGGUUCCAAACUUGGCAGGGCCGUGGGGGCACAGAGUUAAAGAGUCUAUUUAGAAAAGUGCUAAGGUGAUUAUCCCAAGUCCAGCUGAGUUUGGCCACUGCCAGCUUGGGCCAAUACGACGGGUCUCUGAAUGGGCCUCUGAUGGAGGCAACCAAUGAAAGAGGCCCAUAUGAGGGGUAAAACCAGUCAUAUUGGCAGGCAGAGCUUUCUAAUGAGACUGCCCUGUCUCACCGUUUAUAAGACACUAACAUCUGAUCCAUUCUGAGUAGCUCUCCUUUGCCCUUACAUACAAAACAGAAUGUUAACCAGUGUGUAUAUAACUGGAUACACCGCGUUUUAUUCGGACCUAAUAACCUGCAUUCAGCAUUAGCCAUUAGCCGCCUGUGCUAUUCCUGCUUUUGCUGUGUGAUGAUAUAUUUAGGAAUUACUGCUGGGCACGAGGACGAGGUUUUCAGAGCUUUCUCACAGGACGUGCAGAAACUGAGGUAAAAUACUGGAAUACUGCCUCCUCCUAGCAAGCAUUUUUACAGAUUUAACUCCAGAGAUUAAAGCCAGUUAGCAGUGACACCUUGUUGGUGUCUCCACGUCAACCAAAGAACCCGUCCACCUAUAAUCAGUUACACGAACAGUCGAUAGGCUGUAGUGACAUGAGAGGCCCUGUCUUUGCCAGGCAUUUGCGGUGACCAACAUCACCAGCUGCAGCGUGGCACAAACACAAAAUUUCCAAAAAUGAUGGAACCAUUUUCUUUCAUUCAUUCAUCUAUCCAUAUGUAGUGUGUGCUAAACGGUUUAGUGAAGUAAAAUCUAAAUACAUGGAUGUGGCAGAUAAGUAAUAUUUUCUAGGCCAGUUAUAUUACUCGUACUUCCAAUAAGCAGCACAAAGGCAUAUCACAAACAUGACAUAAAUGUGUAUCUUAGUUGUGUGAUGCAGCUCUCGGGCAACAAGUAUUUUGAGUUGUCUAAGCACUCACUCAGCACUCCUUAUAUACAUCUGGUAUGGGUGGAGCUGGGAUAGAUGUAGCCAGGGGCGUAACCUGGCCUGCGCAUUCAGGGCUGUAGCCCUCGAAGAUUUUUUCUUUAGCCCCGAAUAAUUCUCCUCUUGGAGCGGUUUGUCACUACGGAACUGAACGUCAGUAAAAGAAGAUGGCGGUGUUGUAAAUUUAUAUCUUCACUGAACGGAGGCGAGACCAAUCAGACAGGGUUUACAGGAAAAUACGUGGAAAUACUCGUGUCUUAUUGGCUGACAGUCUCAAUUCUGCCAAACGCUAGCUCACACAGUCAGUGUGAGGAAAAAUUGAUAAACACCAAUAUUAUUUAUUUAUUUAUUUAGUGAAACUGAAACAGUAACAUCCUCUGAUGCUGAGCAGGAAAACAAGGUGUGUAAAUGUCUAUAUGAGUUCCAGUUUACGUGAACAUGAGAUGAGCAGAGCAUAAGGAAAGCACUGUAGCAGCUAAAGCCAUACAAUGAUUAUGGCUUAGCUGUGCUUCCCCUUGGCUAGAGACACCAAACUAGCAUAGUUAGACAAGUUUUAUAUUAAAGUUUUAUCUGUCUGGUUGUCCUACAAACAGUGACAACACCCGAGGCAAGUUUUAUUAUAAAUCCAACUUUUUCUGAUCAUGUCAUACAUUGACAGCUAAGUUACCACAGCUUCCAUCAAACAAAACUUAGACUACUAGCUGAGCUGGAAAAAAUGCAAGAAAAAAACAGUCUCCAGACUAGAAACAGUCUUAUUCAUAAGAACGGUUUUAAACGUUUGUUUGUUUUUUUUGAUGGAGAAGAAUCUGGGCUGAGCCCCGGAUGAUUAACAGUCCAGCUAACGCCCCUGGAUGUAGCCACCAGUUCCAUAUGCUGUUGAACUAUAAUCAUAAAAUUCCAUACAGUAUCAUAUGUAUUGCUGUCAUUGUUGUGCAUUUCCAGCAUGCAUUUUGUUCACUCCUAUUAAUCAUGAACUCAUCAAAUUAUCCAAUGAUUACCAUAAAGCUCCAGGUUUGCGUGAUGCCAGAUACCAAAUGACCAAAAUGAGUUGAGAUCAUGAAAAUACCAAUAAUGCUGCAUGUGACAGUCUUUGUGUACACAGAUGAAGAUCAGGGUUAAGGAGUUAAAAGGCCAGCUUUUGUCUCUUACGGUGAAAUGCAUUAUUUCUUAUUGUAAAUGACAGAUAUUAAUAUAUUUCAGCACUUACAUGUAAUGAGAGGCAUCACUAUUUAGGUUGAUCUGUGUGUUUCAGAGUGUAAAUAUACAUGUACGGUUUGUUAUUUAUGACUGAAUAUCAUACUGUGCUUUCUGUCUGGAGCCCUAAUUGGGUGUGCAAUAUUUGCAACUUUCUUUCUUUCUUUUUUUUUUUUUUCUUUUUUUUUUUUUACUCUUGAAAAUGUUUCAAGCUUAGUGUCUUUUAUAAAUUGUUGACUAUAUAUUAACUACAGCUGGAGAUUGAUCUAAAUUAAAAUAAAAGAUAUGGCAAGUU